AUCUCUGCAAUGAUGAUCUACUCACCACCUAAAUGAGAAAAGGAGACGAACGAACAAGCGCACACCCUUAAAACGCCUCUCUCUCUCUCUCUCUCUCUCUCUCUCUCUCUCCAAGAAGUUCCAUCCCAAUCCCAACCAUUACCCCAACCUUUCGUUUUUUUAAUUUUUGAUUUUUAUAAAAGAAUUUGGGGUUUGGGGGGUUUUUGAUUUGGAGCUGGCUGGGGCCCGCUUCAGCCUCCGGCCUAUAUAUGGUUCUGUUAUGAUGUGCUGAGAAGCAAAACGUGAGCUGUGAGGCCCUCUCUCUCCUUGAUUUUCUCCAUUUUCGAAGCUUCAGCUCAGCUUUUCUUGCUUACAUCUCACGUUAUGCCUCCACCUCACUCACUCCUCCACUCUAUGUUGCGCCCUUGAAAAAACCCCAGCCCUCCUCCUUUAUAUAUACACCCUCAAACCCAGAAGAAAACACCAACCCUUUUUGUUCUCUGCUGGGUUUUCUGAGCAGUCCGCGACGCUGAGUUUCGUUUUGUUAGGUACACCCACGUAGAGGAAACCGAUAUAUAUUUAUAUAUAUAUUAACAUACACAUACAAUAUGGUAGAGGAUCAUAGCAGGAAGGUUAAUAAUAUAGUGGUGUUGAGAGAGUUCGACCCGAGCAAGGACUGUGAAGGGGUUGAAGAAGUCGAGAGGAGAUGUGAGGUGGGUCCCGGCGGUGAGCUCUCCCUCUUCACCGACCUCCUCGGCGACCCAAUUUGCAGAGUUCGUCACUCUCCUGCCUAUCUCAUGUUGGUGGCUGAGCAGGUGGGGGAGGAACAAGAGGAGCAACAGGUAGUGGGAAUGAUUAGGGGUUGCAUCAAAACCGUUACAUGUGGCAAGAAACUCUCCAGAAAUGGCAAAAACGUUACCCAUCACAACAAAAACGAUGACGUACUCGACGACACACUCAAGCCCCUCCCGGUUUACACCAAGCUCGCUUACAUCUUAGGCCUCCGCGUCUCUCCUUCUCACAGGAGGAUGGGAAUAGGGUUAAAGCUGGUGCACAGAGUGGAGGAGUGGUUCAGAGAAAACGGAGCUGAAUAUUCGUACAUGGCCACAGAUAACGACAACAAACCCUCCAUAAACCUCUUCACCGACAAAUGCGGCUACUCCAAGUUCCGUACGCCCGCCAUCCUCGUCAACCCGGUCUUCGCCCACCGGGUCAAGCUCUCCUCCGGCGUCCACGUCAUCAAGCUCUCUCCCUCCGACGCCGAGUCCCUAUACCGCCGCCGAUUCGCCACCACCGAGUUCUUCCCCCGCGACAUUGACGCCGUCCUCAACAACCGCCUCUCCCUCGGCACCUUCCUCGCCGUGCCACGUGGCACCUUCACCGCUGGAAACUGGCCCGGGUCGGAUCAGUUCCUGGCCGACCCGCCCGAGUCCUGGGCCGUCCUCAGCGUCUGGAACUGCAAGGACGCCUACACCCUCGAGGUCCGCGGCGCGUCGCGCGUGAGGCGGACCCUCGCGAAGACGACGAGGAUCGUGGAUCGGGCCCUACCGUGGCUGCGGCUGCCGUCGGUGCCGGAGCUGUUCAGGCCGUUCGGGUUCCACUUCCUGUACGGGCUCGGAGGGUCCGGCCCACGUUCGGAGAAGUUCGUGAAGGCGCUCUGCGGCCACGCGCACAACCUGGCGAAGGAGCGCGGGUGCGGGGUCGUGGCGACGGAGGUGUCGAGCCGCGAGCCGCUGAGAUUAGGAAUUCCUCACUGGAAGAGGCUAUCGUGCGACGAGGACUUGUGGUGCAUCAAACGGCUCGGGGAAGACUACAGUGACGGCUCUGUCGGUGACUGGACCAAAGCGCCACCUGGGAUGUCCAUUUUUGUCGACCCUAGAGAGUUCUAAUAACGCAAAGAAUCCAAAUUAACUUCUUUUUUUUUUGGUUCUUUUUAAAUUUUAACUUUUUCUAUUUUGGGUUUUAAAUUUUGGGCCUGCCUGACCCUUGUGGGUAGACUAAGCAAAUGUUGGGGUGGGAACAGAGGAAAAAAGAAGAUAUGGGUUUUUUUUUUUGAGUUGUAAAAGAGAAUAUCCAAAAAAACCCCCUCCAACUUUUUUCUUUUCUUUUUUUCUUUUUUUGGGUUAGCCAUGUAACUUUUUGUAAAUGGAUGUGGCUUUUUAGAUCCUCUUCUAGCCAAACGCAGCCUUUGGUUUCAUGUGGGGGGUUCCUUAUCUAUCUUUUACCAACUUUUAUAAAAAAAAACACAAAGGGUUCUCUAUGA